AUGGCGAUCGACCGGCGUACGACACAACUGAGCUACGAGGAACUGGACCGCAAAAGCAAUGCAUUGGCACGAGGACUACAGGGAAUAGGCGUGAAGAAGGGUGACAGAGUCGCUGUAUCAUUGGGCAACAACAUCGAAUUCGGCAUAGCAACAUAUGCUCUGUUCAAGCUCGGCGCCAUCCUCAACCCACUGAAUCCGAGCUUCAACGUCCAGCAGGUAAUCAGCGCGGCGAAUCACCUCGAGACGAGCCAUUUGGUCAUUGGGACGGAGACGAAUCUGAGUAGGAAACCUCCAAGGAGUAAUGUACAACUACUGGAGCAAAUUGCUCCAAAUGUCAGGAGCGGGAAGCUGGAGUCGGACAUCGUGCCGUCGUUGCAGCAGAUUGUGCUUGUGGACAAUUCAUCUGGGCGAGUCGACGCGAAGGAGUUGAGAGCGACGGUGCCUUUCGAGGACGUCUUAGCUGGAACAGGUCAGAGUCUUUCGGACCAAAGACUCCACAAAGACGACAUCGUGAACAUUCAGUUCACUUCCGGCACUACGAGUUCACCUAAAGCUGCUUGUCUAUCUCAUCGAUCGAUCCUGAACAACGGCAUGCAGAUAGGUGACCGCAUGCUCUUGACACCAGAGGAUGUCGUCUGCUGUCCGCCUCCGCUGUUUCAUUGCUUCGGGUGCAUUCUUGGCUACAUGGCAACAGCUACACAUGGCUCAGCGAUUGUCUUUCCGACUGAAGCGUUCGACCCACUGGCAUCUUUAAAGGCAGUCCAGGAGUACAAGGCCACUGCACUAUAUGGCGUCGCGACCAUGUUUCUGGCCGAGCUGGAACUGCUAGCCAACGGCACUGUACCGUACGAAGGCUUCCAAGACCUCCGCACGGGCAUCGCGGCAGGCAGCUCAGUACCAGCAGAACUGAUGCGCAAGUUGCAUAAGAUCCUGAACUUGCACGACCUCACGAUCUGCUAUGGCAUGACAGAGACAUCGCCCGUCUCACUCAUGACCCGCACAGACGAUCCGAUACAGAAACGUAUCGAUACUGUAGGACGGUUAAUGCCACACGUGGAAGCGAAAGUCGUAGAUGUGACAGACAAGAGCAAGAUCCUCGGCAUCAACCAGAGAGGAGAGCUUGCAGUGUCUGGAUAUUUACUUAUGAAAGAGUACUGGGGAGACCCAGCAAAGACCACCGGAGCCAUGGUACCCGACGGGAACGAUCCGAGCAAAGUCUGGAUGCUUACAGGAGAUGAAGCGAGCAUGGACGAGGAAGGCUAUGUCUCUAUAACCGGCAGGAUCAAGGACUUGAUCAUUCGUGGUGGGGAGAAUAUCCACCCUCUUGAGGUUGAGAACUGUCUGCUCGCUCAUGAUGAGGUGAGGGAAGCUAGUGUAGUGGGCUUGCCGGACAAGAAGUAUGGCGAAGUUGUCGCGGCGUUCGUGGUGAGGCAUAAGGGCGUGCAGCUCGAAGCUGACACCGUGCGAAAGUGGGUGCGCACAGAGCUCAGCGGACAUCUAGUCCCCAAAUAUGUCUUCUGGGUCGACGACUAUCCCAAGACCGCCAGUGGCAAGAUCCAAAAGUUCAUAUUACGAGAGACAGGAGUACGGCUGCUACGACAGGGUCAAGGCUCGCAGUGA